CCACAUAAAAUCCCAGUCUGCCAUUGGAGAGCCCGUCGGCAAGAGCGAACAGGACGCAGACGCAGGAGAUAUCGCAGGAAGGCGCAGACGAACGCAGUGUCCAUCACUUCUGCUGAUGUAACAGACAGCGUAUGUUGGAGGCAGUUAUUUAACAAAAUAUAAAAAAGAGACAAAAGAAGGAGAGAAAAUGGGACAUACCGCAAUACCUAUAUUGAUGGCUGUGUUGUCCUACUGCGUGUGGGGAAACGUCGAGGCUCUGGCCAUGACCGAGGUGAACGGGCCAAGCAUCCAGGUGGCAGAGCCGCAGAUUGCCAUGUACUGCGGCCGUCAGCUCCUGCACAUGAACCUACAGACUGGCCAGUGGGAGCCGGAUCCUCAGGGACACCAAGGCUGCGUCAAAGAGCCCGGAGAAAUCCUUUCCUACUGUCAGGAGAUGUACCCAGCACUUCCAAUCUCCCAUAUAGAGGAGUCAAAAAGACCUGUCACCAUCCCCGCCUGGUGUAAGAAAGGUUGGGGCCACUGCCAGACACACCCCUUCAUAGUCCUGCCCUACCGCUGUCUAGUAGAGGGCGAGUAUGUGAGCGAGACCCUGCUGGUGCCCGACCGAUGCCGUUUCCUCCACCAGGAGGAGAUGGAUGCAUGCGAGAAUUACGUGUACUGGCACAACAUCGCUAAGGAGGAAUGCACUGCAGACAAUUUGGAGCUCCAUAGCUACGGGAUGCUGUUGCCAUGUGGAGACCAUUUCCGGGGGGUCGAGUAUGUGUGCUGCCCAGGCCGAGGGACUUCCAGCGGUAAAGGAGAGACGGAGGAAAGAGACGUCCCUGCUGGUCCUCAGACAUCUCACACCAGUGGAAAACUCAACUCUGUCACCAAAGUGAUAGCCCCCACUCCGAACCCGUCUCCUGACACAGAUGUGGACGAGGACGAUAUGGAAGAGGAGGAUGAUGAAGUGGUGGAGGAGGAGGAGGAGGAGGAGGAGGAGGAGGAGGAGGAGGAAGAGGAAGUUGACGAAGAGGAGGCGGAAGAAGAAGAGGAAGAGGAGGUAAUAGCUGUGAAAGAUCCAGAGGAGUAUGAAUACCCCAUUGACUCAGGUCCAUACCAGACAUCAGACUAUCUGGACUCCUUCUACUAUGAGAAAAGCCACAAACCCACCACCUCUGCACCUCUGAUGAAGGGCGACAGCUUGACUACACCGCGGCCCACAGAUGGCGUUGAUGUUUAUUUUGAGAAGCCAGUGGAUGACACUGAGCACGCCAACUUCCUGCGUGCCAAAACCGACCUGGAGGAGCGCAGAAUGAAGCGCAUCAAUGAGAUCAUGAAGGAAUGGGCAGAGGCAGACAACCAGUCAAAGAAUCUGCCAAAGUCAGAGCGACAGGCACUGAAUGAGCACUUCCAGUCUGUGCUGCAAACGCUGGAGGAACAGGUCGCUGGAGAGAGACAGAGGCUGGUCGAGACACAUCUUGCCAGAGUGGAGGCCAUACUUAACAACAACCGCCGCCUGGCCCUGGAGAACUACCUCACUGCCGUGCAGUCUGAUCCCCCUCAGCCAGAGCGCGUGCUGCAGGCUCUGAAGCGAUACAUGGCUGCAGAGCAGAAGGACCGCAGGCACACUCUCAGGCAUUACCAGCACAUUGUGGCUGUUGACCCCCAGAAGGCUGAGCAGAUGAAAUUCCAGGUGUACACACAUCUCCAUGUAAUUGAGGAGAGGAUGAACCAGAGUCUUGCACUGCUCUACAAGGAUCCUACCUUGGCUGAGGAGCUGCACAAUGAUAUCCAGGAGCUGGUCAAGGCAGAAAGAGGAGACAUCAGUGAGCUCAUGACCACCUCCUUCUCCGAGACCCACACUACUGAGGAGCUUCUGCCUGCUGAGAGCGAGGAGGAAAAGGAUGAUGAGGAGGAAGAGGAGCGAGCCUUCCAGAACAGGCCUUAUCCUCCCCGCAUCGAACUGCAGUCUAAUAAGAAAGUGCCUGCAGUUGAUGAAUAUGAUUAUACCACUUCUGAAAGAGGCCCUACUUAUGAAUAUGAGGAAAAGAUCAACACCUCUGUGGAACUCAAGCAGGUAGUCAACAAGCCUCCUGAGAUCGAGAGAGAUGAACUGCAACCCGAUGCCUUGGAGACGUUUAACCGUGGCGCCAUGGUGGGGUUGCUUGUCGUUGCUGUGGCGAUUGCUAUGGUGAUGGUAAUCAGCCUGCUGCUGGUGCGCAGGAAGCCAUACGGCACAAUCAGUCAUGGCAUCGUAGAGCAGGUCGACCCCAUGCUGACACCAGAAGAACGACAGCUCAACAAAAUGCAAAACCAUGGCUAUGAAAACCCUACCUACAAAUUCUUUGAACAGAUGAACUGAGGUACUGGGGCUGCUAACAAGUCAUGCCUGACCACUUGUUUUGUCCCCCCCACACACCCACACUCCUUCCUUACAGUGGUAAAAGCUAAAAGCUACACUCCCUUUGACGGAUUUAUGAUGUGUUGCAACAUAAAGUAAAUGAAUAAGUAAGAGGUACGUCCCAAACCCAUUGUAAAUGACCAACAACAUCAUUACCAGAAUGUGAAUAAUGAGAUAUGAUACAAACUCACAUCACCUAUUGUAAUCUAGUACUCCUCUGGGUUAGAGUCUGAGGAUUGUUCUUUCCAUUAGCAGCGCCACAGCAUUUCAUGAUCCUGAAAACAUUCACCUCACAGACAGGAAAACCAUCCCCGUGGCAUGACUUGACCUAUUGCUCCUCACUAGAAACUGAAGUUGAACGGUGCGUAAUGCUUUAUAGUAUUUUUCAGUAGUCGUCUCUUUCGUUCAAAUUGUACCACAGUUAGAUAUAAUGUAUCUGUGUAGAUGAGUGCGAGUGAAAGCCUAGUUAAAUUUUGGUCUGAUUCUCAAUUUGAAACCCACUCAGUGACACAAGGGCAAUUAGUAAGCUAAUUGUCAAAACUAUCCUUGCCGCCAUUAGCUACUGUAACAUUGGAAAAUACCUCUAAUAUUUAGACAUGAACAUUAGGUGAGGAUGUGGAGGUGUUUACCUUGAAUGUGUGAGACAUUUAGGCUUUACUUUUACAAUAUAGAAGGCCAAAAAGACCAUGAUACAGAGCUAUGUGCUGGUUGUACAAAUAAACAUUGUGUUUCUAAAUUCUGAGGGUCUGCCCUCGAUAUUUGUAUUCAUUAUUUGGCCAAAUAUAGUCAGUGAAUGAGUUUAUUUUAUUUGUACUGCUACCUAAAGAAAUGUAAACUGAAUAAUCAAAAGUCCGUUAUUUUAAUGAAAGCAUGACAACUUGGUGUAUGAUACUGCUUUAUUUAUUUGUGUUGUUCCUGUCAUUGCUUUUGAAAAGUCGGAAAUGUCAGCGUUCAAAAUUGACACUGUAAAUAACGUAUGAAAUACAUACUACUAGGUGUAGACAUUUCUAUGAUUAAUUUGCAUCGAUGUAAUGGAAUAAUACUUAAAAAAUAGUAAAUUGUGCUGUCGCGAGAAGGAGAAACAUUUUCCUAACAUGGCUGAUUGAAAACGGACUGUUGUAAAAACCAGCACAAGACAACGAUAAAGUAACUUCUUUCUGAAUGUAUUUAAGGUAGACGUUGAGAUUCCAUCUUCUUUUCAGUAAUGCAUCAUUCCCCUAGUAGACCUUCAUAGGAGUAGUGAAGUUCAACACAUCCAACAGACUACAUGCCUGAUGCCCUUCUUAUCACUUCCUGUAGUAGCCUGUUCCUUUUUUACAUUUGGCAGGUGUGCUUCAAUGUUCUUUUACAGUUCAGAGCAGCAGAGUUUAAAGAGGCCACAGCUAAAGUAGUGUGCCAGUGUGUAUAGUGAGUCCUAAAAACAGACCACACUCAGGCAUGAUAGCAGUUAAAUAUGCUGUAUGUCUCUGAAUCUCCCCGUUUGACCAAUUUGGACUCAACAACAACGAAUGUUAGCACUCUAUAGUUGCUAUAUUUAAGUUACUCUCUUCUGAAAUAGCUUUUCACUGAAUGACUCAUUGUAGUUUGUCAUAUUUAGGAUCAACACAGUACCCCGUAGCUAUAGGUAACCAGGGACUGUCCCUUUUUUUUUCUGGCUGAUUGUUAAGUGAUUAGUGUGUCAGGUUGAAUUUCCUGAAGCCACUUUAUUCCAUCAGACCAUCUAGGUAAAGGAAGGUCACGUUGUGGGAUGUUGCUUUUUGUACAUCAGUCUUUAACUAUAUGUUAUAGUAGAGAUAAUACACACCAAAAUCCAUUCUUAAUGUAUUUAUUUGUUACUGGUGGAAGUUUUUAUUUUUUUUUUAUUAACCUGCAUUUGUCCAUUCAGAGGAAGAGUUGUUUACUUAUGUGUUGUGUUUUUUUGUGUAUAGUUAGCUUUGUAAUAAGCAUAAAGAGUUUGACUAUCAGAGGUAUGAUUUAGCAUUAAUCUUCAGUUCCUCUCGUUAGGCAGGUUAAUUGCAGGUUGCGGUUGUGUUAUGACAGGUGAAGAGAAGUCAUAGCCCUUGUAUAAUUUGUACAGCUACGUUAGUGAAUGAAAACGUUGUAUGUUCACAGUUUAAGUCAGUUGAUCUUGUAAUGAUACUACUGAAACCAUAGAUGAGAAUAAGCUUGCCUGUGUUUCCCAAACCACUUAAGGUUUCUUACCAGCAUUUAGCAGACUUAGAAUGGUGUAUACUGUAGUUACUCAAAUCACAUUUGUACGUACGUCCUCUGUCAAAUUCUAGACUUCUUUGUUGGUCUGUCCCCUUACUUCCCAACAAAACAUAAACGUUAUUGAGAUUUUAAUUGCUGCAUUAUUGCCUUUUACAAUGCUGUGUUUUGGAUGUAAUUAUUCUGUAUUUUUUAUUUCUAUGUAAUAAUCAGUUGGAUCAAGGGUCAUGCUUUUCACAUGUAAUGUAAAUUAAAGAAGCUUGUAUGAGAAAACAUUGACAAGUUCAUAACGUUCAGAUGUAAAAUAUAGACGGAUAUAUGGCCUCUGCCUAAUUGACAAGGAGUGCCACUAAGCACAAGUAGAACCAAAUUACUCAAUUUGUGUACAGGUUGCUAAAUGUUAGACAUUGAUUCUGUCUGAUUUCGAUUAUACCGCAUUGGUUCUAGGGAUGUUGAUAGCAAUAUCAAUGUGAGAGCUGUUCUUCAUUUUCAUUCAGACCUUUAACCAAAGACAUGCUCCACAAAUAAGCAGACAGAUAUUCCAAUUUGGCAAAAUGUUCUCUGUUGUGUAACUGUAUUUGCAAGCAAUCUGAGGAAUUAAAACUGGUCAAGCUAAUCAAUAGUGUAAUAAAAAAUGAAUGACCCAUAAAA